AUGGCUCCCUCAACUCUGGGAAAGAGAUCCCGCCGUGCGGUAGCAUAUGAUGCAAACGAGUCUCCUUCCAAGCGACCUCGCCGCUCGUGUGCCGCCAUUGUCGACUACAACGACGAGAACGAGGAUCCCCAAAUCGUCAUUACCGACGCUACUGCCAGCCCCAUCGUUAUCAAGACCGCGAUCGACGACUCACCAAGCAAAAGAAAGCGUUCCAUCUCUCAACCCUCCGCCAAGAACCCCGUCACACCGUCGACGCCACGCCACCACGAUGUAUUGGCAGCGUAUCCCACCACACCCCGACAUGCCGUCAUGUCGGCUGGCAAGCUCUUCAAGCGACUGACACCGCACUCCCCACUAUCUCCCACCACAUUGCAGACCGUCUACCACUCGGCUCGUCAAUUAUUUGCCCGCGGAGCGGAGCCUGGCCAGCUGCGAUGCUCGUCAGACUCGCCGAAUGGAUGCCUCUACGUCAGUGGCCCGCCUGGUACCGGAAAAAGUGCAAUGAUUACCGGGCUCAUUCAAGACUACACGCAAAUGGACGGUGUCAAGUCAGUCUACAUCAACUGCAUGAGCGUGAAGUCGUCCAAGGAUCUGUACACAACACUUCUCGAUGGCAUGGGUCUACUGUCAGAGGGCAUGACGGAGGCUGACGCUGUAGUGGCCCUUCAAAAUGCUUUCUAUCCCAAGAGCGAAAUUGCCACGACUUAUCUGGUCACCCUCGACGAAAUUGACCACAUUCUCACCAUGGGCCUGGAAAGCUUGUACCGUGUCUUUGAAUGGUCCCUGCACAAGUCAUCCAAGCUUCUUCUCGUCGGCAUUGCCAACGCACUGGAUCUCACAGACCGAUUCCUCCCGCGCCUCAAGUCCAAAAAUCUCAAGCCCGAGCUGCUUGCGUUCCUUCCUUACACCGCUGCCCAAGUCAAGAACAUCAUCACCACUCGCCUCAAGUCUUUGAUGCCUCAAGGUCAAGAAAACUACGUACCAUUUAUUCACCCCGCUGCCAUUGAACUGUGCUCCCGCAAGGUUUCGAGUCAGACGGGAGACCUUCGCAAGGCGUUUGAGAUUUGCAGAAGAGCAUUGGAUUUAAUUGAGAACGAGACACGAUCUAGACACGAGGAAGAAGCAAGGGAGACUAUGCUUCAAAUGACACCCUCGAAGCGACCUCUGGGCGAGAACAUCAACGGAGCACCCAGGGGAGGACGCAGCAUUGUACAAAUUAUGAGCAAUUCCCUCAAAGCUCUGACAGCCGAAACAGCCCCUCGUGCCUCGAUUGGUCACCUGAACAAGGUGACUGCGGCAGCAUUCAGCAACGGUACUACACAGCGACUCAAGACUCUGAACCUGCAACAAAAGGUGGCACUAUGCGCACUUGUUGCCUACGAGAACCACCUGCGAACCAAGUUCAAGUUCGGUAUGCCGAGUACACCGAGCAAGACGCAAUCAUUGGCACCGACUAUCAAGAAGCUCUUCGACGCCUACUGCCGUCUAUGCACGCGCGACUCUGUGCUUCACCCUCUGUCAAGUUCCGAGUUCCGCGAAGUUAUGGGCAGCCUGGAGACACUGGGCCUCGUCAAUGCGGUUGACGGCAAGAACGGAAGCUUUGUGACUCCGCUGACGCCUAGCAAGCGUGGCCGCAAGGGUGUGUUGGCGAGCGGCGACGACAAGCGCAUUGCGAGCUGCGUGACAGAGAAGGACUUGGAGUCGAUUGCGGACGGCAUUGGCUCGGGAAUUUUGGCUAGCAUCUUGCACGGGGACGCAUUGGACUAG